GGAAGAAGAUAUGGUAGAUGACAGGUGGAAAAAACAGCGCUAUACUUCAAAGCAACUGCAGAAAAAGAUAGAUGCCGAAGAUCUGCUUGAGCAUAACAAGAAACAGAAACUCAUUGAGACGGUCAUGAUAGAUCAACUUUCAAGAGCUGUCAUCAGUGAUCCAGAGCAAAAUGAGCGUAGCUUAAAUACUGGGAGAACGACAAGGCGCCUUCAUGGUACAAACCACUAUCUUCAUGACUCCAAGAUAAGCACACGUUCAACAGCCACAGAAAAUUUGCUGUCCAGGCGAUUGAGGUUUGGAGCCAGGAUCAUAACAAGAAAUGGUCGUGAUGCCAUGAAGGAACUAACAGGCUUUUUCUUCCAAAUGGACAGAACUAUGACUGUGUAUGAAUUUAAACAGUUUGGAAAAAGUGCCAAAGCCAUACCUUUCAUCCAGCGAGGUGUUUUCAACCAUCCUUUUGGUCCAAAGAAAGGCCUUCCAUAUGGUCUCUGUGAUAUAUUUGUGGGUGCAGAUAUCAACAUUCCAACAAAAGGCCAGCAUGCACUUAGUGCUGAGUUAGCUCGAUGUCAGUUUCUCACCUUGAGAGUCACUGACAUGGAUGAAGAGGAGAAAUCAAGGCUUCUCUUGGAUGACUUUAUUGAUGUAGAUGGGCCAGAAGCUUAUGGUCAGACAGACAUGUCACAUAUAACGGCUUAUGAAAACAGGCAGUUUCUUGCUGCCAUACAAGAAUCAGUGCAAAAGCAAAUCCGCAAGAGAGGUAUCAAGACUGUUACUGGGCUGGGUCGUCACUAUAGGAGCAUUGACAGGAGUGGUACAGGGAUUUUGGAUCAGCAUGAUUUAGAGCGAGGAUUGCUGCGUUUUCACAUAGAUCUUCUUCCAGAGGAUUUGGAGCGAGUGUUUGACAUUGUGGACACUGAGGGUAUGCGAUGUUUGGAUUAUUCCUUCUUUAUGCGAACAGUGAUUGGGGAAAUGAAUGAAUUUCGCAAGGCUUUGGUACGCAAGGCAUUUAACAAGGUUGACACACAUAAAGAGGGGACUAUUCAUCUUAGUGACAUCAAGAAAUUUUUCAAUCCAAACAGCCCUUAUAAGCCUGGAUCUGAUGCAGACACAACAAAAAGUGCCUUAAUGGCAUUUUUGGAAGCAGUAACAUCAUCUGCCCGACAGGAAGAUGUCACUUUCAUUGAGUUUGAGGAAUACUAUGAGGGACUGAGCCUUGGGGUCAAGGAGGAUGAAGAUUUUGCAAAUAUUUUGUGCAACACAUGGAACAUAUAGCUGAUUGUCCAUUUAUCUAAAAGUUGUUAUUCAAAAAAAAAAAACAACACUUUAGCACUGAUGGGCAUCACUGGUUUUGUGGGUAACAUAAGCUGCAAACAGGUUUCUUUGCCAGCGAUUGUAGACAUUCUAUCUAAGAGACAGUUUUGGUUUUUUUGUUACAGAACUAUCCUUGUGCACACUAACAAUAACCACAGUCUCAGAAAACAGGCCAACAUUCAGAAUAAUUUUUUACAAAAAGAAUGUGAUUUUUUUUAUUGUGUUUCCUCAGCUGUGGUUGAAAUUUUAGUCUAAUAAAAUUAUAUUGUUCAUGCUUUAAAUAAGGAUAAUGGCCUAUCUGAGCAAAAAAUUGGGAUUAAUGAUUUUUUGUAAUUUUCUUUAGCAGUAUUUAUAUCAUACUUCUAGUUGCAAUUCAUAUUUUUUACUUCUUCUUGUCACAGGAGAGAUAUUUAAGUGGGCUUACAUAGAUGCACAUUUAAGAUCUCUGCAUUUUGUCCAAAUGAGGGUAUUUGACAAUUAUUCAGCGCAUGUCAGUGCUGAUUGGUGGUUAAAGUGGAUCUGGGAGGGUAGAGCUAUUCAGCUGCUUUUACUGAGACACAUGAGAGUAAAGAGAAAUGGGGAAAAAGUCACUGCUGUGUUAUAAAUUUCCUCAACAGUAUAGUCAUGCUACAUUUGGUCGCUCAAUGUUAAUUCACAAAUGGCCUGGGUUUAGCAAUGGAAAAAAUACCCACAAUCAAUGGCCUGUCAGAUGAAGUAUACUGUACUGCAUGAGCAAUGAAUUGACAUGUGUCUUUGGCCUUGGACGCCAUUGAUCUAACCAUCUGCUUUCCCCACUUAGUGAAGAGUUUUAUAAUCAUCUAAAUUUUAUGGCUUUAUUUCAGUGUCUGGCUAAAAAAAAAAACUGUAUUGAAAUUGAAGAGGUGCUGUUCAGAAAUUGCUGUUAAUUGUCCACAAUCAAAAAAUAAUAUAGAGCAAUGAAAAAUGCAUGUCUUCAUACUUCUAAA